AUGUCAUUCAACUCAAACAUCAUCGGGCUCGUCAGCCUUAUCGGCCUGUCUGCUUUGACCUCCGCUCAGGUUUUCUCUGGCCAGGGACAUGUAGUUCCCGCCGUUUGGGCCAGUGGCACUGUUGGUGAGGCCGUUGGCUGUCUCACUAACGCCGGUCUUUGGACCACUGACUCUGCAAACUGUGGCACAUUCACUGGUGUCGCAACAACUCAAUCCGGUACGGUCGUUUCGACUAUUCUCAGCACAAGUGCUGGUUACUGCAACAUCAUCUCUGGUGGUAAUAUCAAUGACCACUUGUCUUACGCGUGUGGCAACCCUGAUGCUGAUACUGCAACCGCCACUCCGGUCUAUAGCUUUUCAUCGGUGCCUUUCCUCGGAUACGGGGAAUACUGGGAUCUUGGAGUGACUGGAGGAAACCCUCCUACUGGAGAUAAUACGUCGAGCUUUCACAUUGCGGGAGACGAGGAGACUGGUGACCUGUGGGUUUUGACUUGGAAAGCUCUUUAA